AUGCAUAGCAAGGUGAAGUUAGCCAAGCAGGUGAUGUGGAUCAUUGACAGCACCUUCAAAUACACUCAUUUUGGCCUUGUUUCCAACCUUCGUGGAGACUUCUUCAUCAAACAGGGAAAAGAUUCUCGUGAUCAAACAUUGCAUGAUCUGCGUGCACACCUCAAGUCUACUUUUCAUCGAUUACCUCGAAAAUGGUUGGUUCUUUUUCCUGAAGGUGGCUUCUUACGCAAAAGAAGAUUGGCCAGUCAAUCGUAUGCACGAAAGAAGAAUUUACCAAUAUUGGAACAUAUAACUCUUCCUCGAAUUGGUGCCAUGCAAGUCAUUCUGGAAGAAAUGGCUGAUAAAAAAGAAACUAAAAACAAUUCUGAGAAAGAUUCUUCAGAAAAAGAUAAAAAAUUGAAAUUCAAGUAUGUGGUUGAUUUAACAAUUGCUUAUCCUGGAGGGCGUCCUUUGGAUAUUCAUGGCAUUGGAAUUGGUUAUUGGCCUCCGUGUCAAAUUAUAAUGCACCACCGGAUUUACCCAAUCAUUUCAUAUUCUCAGAGCUGUGCCUACAAAGCACAUUGCAUGGACCACCAAUUUAUUUUUCUAUCCUCAAAUGAAGCAAAUAAUUACUUGGUGCUCUUUCCCAUUUUUUAA